GGCCUGCCAGCCGGCCGCCUCCUCUUCCCCGCCUCCUCCCCCACCCCCCCCACUCCGUAGGCAGGGAUCUGGUGUCAGCCUUUCCACUAGAAUUGCACAGCCGUUUCCAGAGAGACUGAGGUGGGGGUGGCCCCGGGGGCUCCGGUUUCUUGCACUGUUUAUUAAUAACCUCACACCCACCCCAUGCCAAAACCCUGUCCGGCCGGGGGCACAAGGAACUUGGUUCCUAGAGAGAAAGGGAAGUGAUGGCAGACUCUGAGCCUGCUCUGGAUUCAGACAACGCAGAAGCCUUCUCAGAGCUAGGUGCUGGGGUUCCAGGAGCACUCUUAGAGCUUGAUAGAGAAGACACCCCUGAGAUGCUGUAUAUGGACCCUAUCAACAUACCAUUCCUUCAAGACACAGAAAGCACAGGCUCUCCAGUGGUGCUGCAGGAAGACAUGGAAGACGAGGAAGUAUAUUAUGAUGCAGAAGACAUAAGCAUUGAGGAUCUCGGAAAGCAUUUUCAGGAGUGCAUUGAAGCAGUGGAAGAGCUGGAGAGGGAGAGGGACCAGCUUAUUCGGGAACUGAUGCUCCUACGGGAACCAGCUCUUGAGGAAAUCAGACAAGCCCAUGGAGAGAUCCUCGAAGCCUACAGGCUGCAUGCCAAGGUGGAACUUGAAAGGGACAGUCUGCGGGACGAAAUUCGGCAAGUGAAACAGAAGCUUUUUAGGGUGACUCGGGAAUGUGUGGCGUGCCAGUACCAGCUGGAAAACAGGAGGCACGACGUGGCCCAGUUUGCUGUCUACCGGGAAGAACUGGAAAGCAGGGUCAGCCAGCUUUCAGAGGAGCUAUCCCAAUUGAGAGAGACUUGUGAGAAAGAGAAGGAGCAGUUGAGAGAACAGCUGAAGGCUCCGAGGAGGCGGAGGAGCAGCUGCUACCUGCAGGCAAGCAGGCGGCUUUCCAUGGAGUUUGAGAGCUUUGUGGCGGAGAGCCGUCAGGGCCUGGAAGAACAGUAUGAGCCUAAGCUGAUGCGCCUCUUAGAAAGGAGAGAAGCCAGCAGAAAGGCUUUGCAAAAGACACAGGGCGAGAUUCACAGAUUAAAGGAAACUCUGAGGCCACUGCAGGGAGAGGUCAGCAAGUUACUGCUGCAGAACAAAAACCUGGAGCAACAGAUCCUGCUCAUUAAGCAAAAACGGGACGAAGAAGUUCUUCAGUACAAGGACCAGGUGGAAGAGAUGGAAGAAAGGCUGAGGGAGCUGAAGAAUGGAGUCCAACUUCAGCAGAAGAAGAACCAAGAAUUGGAAGAGCUGAGGGCCAGCUUACACCAGGAACUAUCAAUUUACAAAGACUGCUUAGAAAUCUAUGGACAACUCUGCAAGUCUGAAGCUAAACAAGACCAAGAUUGAAUCAUGGAUUUAUAAGCAUGGACAUCCUUCCCCUUCCUUGCUGUCUCUUUAGUGGGAAUGAUAGUACAUCCUCUCCAUCUGACGACACAGCCAAUAAGCAAAACUAUGAUGGUUUGCAUCUUUAUUAUAAAAAGGGCUGCAAAUGGUCAGAAACCUGGUAGUUACACUGGACAGAUGUCACAUCAGCAGGAUACCAGAUGUGCAUUAUGCACAACUUCCAAGUUUAAGGUUUGUGUAAAGCUGACGUGUCAGUACAUUAAUCAGCCUUUCUUUAAUGUUAUAAUUCUGUACAAAACCUGUUUGAGAACAGGAUUGUUUAGUUAUUUUAGGCAACAGUUUGUAAUUUUGACAUGUUAUGGAUAGGAAGCAGAAGUCCUAAUUAAAUGCUUUUUUAUACGCA